CAUUAACGUCCCAGAGUAUUCAUUCUGGCGAUACCUCCAGCUACACUCCAACAUGUCCGUCUCCGAAGCCAACCAAAACUACUUCGAUGCUAUUAGCGACUCCUAUGACGAUAAACCGUGGUUUGCCAAGAUGAACCAGCAAGUCACGGAUUUCUUGCGCAGUCGUUUGGACUGGGUUGGGAUUCCUUUCGCAAAUAUAGGGUCCAAGACCGACGCCGAAACCGUACGACUUCUGGACUAUGCAUGUGGCCCUGGCCUCAUGUCGCGGAUCUACGGCCCAUACGUCACCAUAACCCGUGGCAUCGACAUAUCCCCCAAAAUGGUCGCAACCUUCAACGCCCGGGCCCAUAUCGCCGGCUUCAGCAAAGAUAAAAUCAACGCCGUCUUCGGAGAUCUUUUUGCCUCACCCCAGCCACCUGAGCUCUCUGUUCCCGAGUACUACAACUUCGACCUUGCUGUCGUCGGCUUUGGAUUCCACCACUUCGAGGAUGUCAUCCACGCUUCCAAAUGCCUUAAAGAAAGACUCCGACCUGGGGGCGUUCUAGUGAUCAGCGACUUUCUAGAGGGAGGCGAUCUCCGAGCUGAUGAGAAUGGGAAUAUGAUACUAGGGACGGAGGGUGAUCAUAUGGGAGUUAUUCAUUAUGAUGAACAUGACGACCACAAGGAGCAUGGACAAGGGCAUCAUCACCAUCACCACGGCCGUUCUCAAAAAGGCAGUGAUAACGAUCUUGCGAUGAAGCAUCUUAGCAAGAUGAACGCAUCAGUUGUCGUUCCCUCAUUUACGAUCGAAGGAGUGACGCAGUUCUUCAUUGAGGCCGGCUUCGUAGAUGUGGGCGUAAUUACCAUGGAAGAAAGGGUGUACAUGGCAUUUGCAGGAAAGCAGUUGUGGAGGACGGUGUUGUUUGCUCGCGGGAGAAGGCCGUUCGAAGGUGAGGAACAGCAAAAGUCUGAGCUGUGAGUAACGGAUAGUAUUUUCUAGGAAGGGCGGGGUGUGAGCAAUCGUGUCGAAGCGUAUAGCCUGUCUUGUUUAUGUAGAUGUACGGUUGCUUCUUCUUGAAUUAGUGGAUGGACAGAAUGUUAUCACAUAACAUGGAACACGACUAUGGUAGAAUCCAC